AUGUAUGAAGCGUAUACUCCAAGCGAAGUUGCAUUACGUCUCCCUGUCGAAAUUUCAUGUCUGGCUUUCCAAAGAUCUUCGCAAAGUGUAUUAGCAGGCGGAAAAACUGGGCAUCUUUAUGUUUAUUCACUUUUAGCCAGUAAGUAUUCACAGUUUUAGAAGUUAAUUUAACUUAAUAUUGAUUAUUUUAGAUCGACGAGGAUUUGAACUCACUAAUAUUUGCAAAAGUUUCCAUAGAAAAGCAGUUUUGGAGCUAAAUGUUUGCGAAAGAGAAGAUUUAUUGUUAUGCAUUUCUGAUGGUCAAUUAGUUGCACAUCGAUUAGAUGAUCCUCAUUAUAAAUGUGAAACUCUACUUCAUAAAGUGAAAAAUGUUCAAACAUUCGCCAAAUUUUCUCCAAAAGGCUCACCAAUUCUCUAUUUAAUUGUUGCCGCCAAGAAAAAACUACACCUUUUCAAAUGGGGUCUUUCUGGCGAUGUUUAUGAGUUCCUCGAAGUUUCUUUCGAUUACAAUCCAGUAUUUUCGGAGACUCCAACACUUAUCAAAUGUGUAAAUGAUAUAAUAUAUUUCGCUGUACGUGGUGAUUAUUUUAUGAUGACAAUGCAAAAAGAUAAAGAGACUGAAGAUGAUUGUUGGAAUGGAUAUAUUAGAAAAUUAAUGAAUUAUCAAACAAAUGCUCCUGGAAUUAUUCCGAUGAUUGAUAAAUCGAGAAUUGCAUUUAUUCGAAAUGAAACUGUUGUGACAACAAAAAUCGAGGGACAAAAAGCGCCAGAAGAAUAUAAAUUCUCUGAAAUUCCACUUCAAGUAAUGUAUGAUGCACCAUAUAUAAUUGGAAUGUUAUCAAAAGGACGUGUUGAGAUUCGAAGUUCUUUUGAUGGAAAAAUUGUGCAAACCAUGUCAUUGAAUAAGGCUUUAACACUUUGUAAUGGUGGACGGGGACAAGUUUUUGUUGGAAGUUUAUCUGAUAUUUGGAUUUUGGACACUUCGAUUAAUUUGAGGAAAAAUGUUUCGCAUUUGAUUCAGGAAAGACAUUUUGAAUUGGCUAUUCAGUUGGCUGAUAGUUCGAAUAUGUUUAGUGAAGAAAAUAAAAUUGAAAUAAAAAGACAGGCGGCACUCAAUCUGUUUAAUCAGAAAAAAUUCGAUGAAUCUUUCGCACUUUUUGGUGAAAUCAAAACUGGUAACUAUUUAUUUUCUAAACACAAAACCUCAUGAAAGUAGUUGUUCCAUUUCAGAUGUGUGUACAAUUCUCCAAAUGUUUCCCGAACUUUUACCAGAAGGUGUUAAAAAAUCGGCAAAUGCUCCGGAUUUGGCGAUGAACGAUAAAAUGCGUGCACUUUUUGCGUUGGGAAGUUAUUUAUCAGAAAUUCGGACGGAAUAUGCGCAGCAAAUUGAUUUGUUCAAUCGAGAGAAAAUUAGUGGAAAUUAUAAGAAAUCAGAUGUUCAGGAGAUUUCAAAAUUAUCGAUUGCUUUGAGAGUUGUAGAUACGACUUUGCUCAAAUGUUAUAUUAAAGUGAGGGAUUUUUAAGGAAGAAUAGGACCACAAUUAAAGAAAUUUAUUUUAAAAUUUGGAGCAAAAAUUGCAAUUUUCAGACAAAACCUGCACUUGUUGAUUCGCUCAUUCGAUUACCUAGCAAUUCUUGCACUUUUGACGACGCAGAACAAAUUUUGAAAUCUGAAAAUCGAAUAAAAAGUUUAUUUGUGUUAUAUGAAUCUAGGAAACGACAUGAAAUGGGUAUUUUUUUUCGUAUCACAAGAUUUAUCCCUCAAAAAAAAACCAAUUUUCUUGCAGCCAUUGAUUUGCUCAUCGAACAAUCCACUAAAACCGAUGUUUCUCCAAUUUUCGAAGAUGUCACUGAACAAGUUGUUGAAUAUUUGCAAUCGCUUGGCAACUCAAAUCUUCCCCUAAUUUUGAAAUAUUCGAAAUGGGUUUUGUCGAAAGAUCUCGAUUUGGGUCUUCAGAUUUUUACGUCGGAAGAGACUGAGAUGGCAAGAAAUUUGGAUCGAAAAACUGUCGUCGAAUUCAUGAAAUCUGAAUGUGUUACAGCUUUGAUACCAUAUUUGGAACAUGUGAUUUAUAAAUGGAAUGAAAAUGAGACUUUUUAUCAUGAGACUUUGCUGGAAUAUUAUGUAGCUAAAGUCAAUAAUUUGUUCAAGGAUUAUGUUCAUGCAUUUCCUGAUGGUUUGUUUUUGAUUGGGUUUUUUGAGCUGAUAUUAGUUAUGAAAAAUAUCUGACCACCUAUUUAUGAACAUGAGUAUUGACGUAGUCAAGUUUACACAAAUUUUAAAUGGUGAUAGUCUAAGAUAACCUCAGUAGAUUUGGAAGCGCCCUUCAGUUUUUUCAAUACCUCUCGGUCAGAAAACGGCGACUCCGCCCCGAUCGGUAGCGACCUCGCCGUUUUCUGACCGAGCUAUUUGGAAUUCUGAACACAACAUUACAUCAUAUACAUUUUUCUAUAAAAAUGUUGACUUUUUUCAGACGAAAACAUUAUGCGACUCAGCGAAGAAGAAGGAGAAUUGAAAUUUUAUCGAGAAAAAUUGCUGAAAUUUCUGGAAUUUUCGAAUGUUUAUAGCCCCCAAACAAUUCUUCUUCAAUUGGCUCCUCAUGCAUUUUAUGAAGAAAGAGCUUUGAUUUUGGGAAGAUUGAAACAACAUGAACAAGCUUUUCAAAUUUAUUUGAAUGUUUUGAAAAAUAUUGAAUCGGCUGAAAAAUACUGUAAUUUGUAUUAUAAUCAAAAUGAUGAAAUCAAUUCGCAAGUUUAUUUAUCAUUGUUUCGCGCUUUGGUUUCUCCACCACCGAAUUCUGAUUCUGCAAAUAACACGCCUUUCGGAUCAUUCAGCGAUGCAACUUCAGAAAAGACUGUGACUGGAAAUAAUGUGACGGAUAUUAAUUCAGCGAUUCGGAUUUUGAGUAAACAUGCGGAUAAAAUUGAUACGGUUACGGCUUUGGGAUUAUUGCCGCAAAAUACACCUUUGAGAAUUGUUUCAUCAGCGAUUAAUGCAGUUUUGCAGACAACUCAUAAAGAAGCCAAUACGGUGAGUAAAUUCGGGAUAUUCGGCAGCAAACUGUUGGAAAGUUAUUUCUACCUGAAAUAGUUUGAAAAAUUGUCCAGUGAAAUAUUUUCAUGUUGACGUAAUCAAGUUGUUUCUAUAGUUUAAUUUAUGCUCUCGGACCAAAGAUCAAUCAAUAUAAUAUUUUAUACCUUGGAAUCAAAUUCAAAGAAAAAAUAUUAAUAAUUUUUAAUCGAUUAAAACAUAUUUUUUUGAGAUUUGUUAUAAAAUUUUCAAACCACAAAAAUUACUGAAAAUCCUCACUCAUUUUUUUUCUUUCAGUCUCACCUUCAAAAAUGUGUCUCUCAAUGUGCUUUAUCCAAAAAACAAUCCAAGAAAAAUCAAGCGGAAUCCACAAAAAUCGUCAUCAAUUUUUCAUCCGAAUGUUUUGUGUGCGGAAAAAAGAUUGCAAUUUCAGCUUUUGUUCGAUAUCCAGACGGUUCAUUAGCUCAUUUUUAUUGUUUCAACGAGUCUCAAAAUUCGACGGUAAGAAAGUAAUGUAUUUUUUGUAUAUAUUUUUAAAAAGAGAAUUCUGUGAUAUUUUGUUAAAUAGUCUGAUUUUUUGAAUAAAUUUUGAAAUUAUUUUGUUUGCGCAAUGUUCUUUUUCCCUUCCCGACAAAAAUGAAAUACGUAGUCAUCCUCAAGAGGAUGUGCACCACAAAUGCGCCAUCUUGUAAAAGAUUGACGUAUUUUGUGUGUGUGUGCGCUCUCCACGUGCAUUUCAAAAUAAUUUAGUUUCGAGUUUCGGUUUUUGUGUUUUCUAGGCUUUUUCGGUGUUUUCACAGUGAUUUCUAGGAAAUCAUUGUGUUAAUUAAUUAACGCAUCAUUUAUUUGUAUUGAUACACUUCCUCGUGAAGUUGUAUUUGUAUUUUUAUUGUUUAUUUUGGUCAAAAACAUAAAGUUUGGCCUAAAAUCCGUGUUUUGUUAUUUUUCCUUGCUAGUGGUUUAAAUCCACUGCCAUCUUUGAAGUCAAACUCCUUGCAAUAUCAAGCAAAGGAGAACCGGGAGGUGCAACUUGGGGGCCGAACCAACCACAACCCCAAAUUCAUUCAACUUCGUGUAUUCGUCGAUUUUCUUUGAUUUUUGAACACGUUCCUAGUGAUCCUUUCCUAGUUUCAGGACUGGAGUUAAGGAAUUGUUCGAUUGUCAAAAGGAUAUUGGAUAUUUUGGACUAGUGGAGAAUUCGACAUCGAAAAUGGCUACGGCAAGCGAAAAUAUGCAGAAUAUCGGAUCAGUGAGCAGUGGAUUGGAGGAUUCAACGGGGCAUAAGGAUGAUAUUGGUAUGAUUUUUGAUGAGAAAGCAGCGGACUGGAUUAUGAUUGCACAAGAAGCUCGAGAAGAUGCGAAGAAGUUGAAAUUGAGUGAAAGACAAGCGGAUGUCGUAUUGAAUCCGUUAAUGAAGAAAGUCGAACAACGAGUAGAGGAUUUGCGCGGGAUGGUCAAGGAAAAGUGGGCGCAAAUGCCGAAUCGGGAUGAGUGGAGAUGUUUGCGAUAUUUGAGAAGAGGAAACAAGACCAAUGUGAAGAAAUUGGCACAAUUGAUGGAGAAAGGAACCGAGUUGGUUAUUUGGGAAAGAGAAAUGGUGAGAAGCUUGAAAAUAUUGAGAAAAAGGUCAAUGAAGAAAGACAAACGUUUAUUUUGCAGGUUGAUGAAUUGAAUAGAAAGUUGGAGAAUAAUGAGGAAGAGAUUUUGAAGAAAACCGAGAAAUUGAAGAGAUAUGAGCAGAAAUUCGAAGAAAUGAUGGUAUUGAUGAAACAAAAAGAUGAAUUGAUGAUGAAGAUGAAAAUGGAAAAUGAGAAGAAGAGAGAAUUAUCACCAACGCCGAGUGUGCGAAUGAUAAAUUUGGAUAUUGUUGAAAAUGGAAAUGAAAUGGACGAGACAUUGAGAAAAGUCGAAGAUUUGUUGAAGAUGGAAACUGUGAGAGAAACGAAGAGUAUGGAAAUAUGUAAGUCGGAAAGUUUGGGAAGUUCGCGCAGCGAUAAUACUGAAAAAGUCAAAGAGAAAAGAGUUGAAAAAUGGGUGAAAGAACAAAAAGCGGGAAAUAUUGAGAAUUUGAGAGAUGAAAAAGUGGAAAUUGUUGGAAAAGAGGGUAGUCGGGGCAAAAAAUCGGGAAAAUCGAGCAGUUCAGGUUCAAGACAAAGUGUUCGAGAGGAACUUAUGAAUGUGGCAAGAUUUAUGAAGAUCUCGACGAUGCCAGAUCCUGAAAUUUAUUAUGGAAAACCGCAGGAAAAUUUGGAUGAUUUUUUUAAGUUUGUUCGAAAUGAAAUAUAAGCAAAAUAUGGAAAGUUCAAUGGAAAUGGCAGCUGUAAUGAAAGCAAAAUUUUUGCGUGGAGAAGCUAAAAAGUUAUUCGAGACGAUUGAAUUGAAAGAAGAAAUGACAUGGAAAGAAAUUGUUGAGAAGUUCAAGAAAGCGAUGAAUGCAUCGAGAACAAGUCAAAGAGGAAGAGCAGUGGAAAAAUGGCAAGAUUUGAGAAUUCGUCAAGAUCAGUCGCUCCAAAACUUCCUUAUCGUUGUUGAUUCGCUUGCGAGAGAAGCAUUUGCGUCGUCGAAAGAGGAAGUUGAUAUUUUCAAAACGGCGAAGUUAUUGCAAGCUGCGAAGCGAAAUCCGACUUUAUUGGGACUUUUGGCGGUGAAGAAGAACGAUGAGAAGGACGGAUUCCAGUAUGAAAAGUUGAAAGCUGCGGCUUUACAAUUUGAAUUUGAUUUGGAGAGAAACAAGUAUAAGGAUGAAAAGAAGAAAUCGGAAGAGAAAAAAGAUGGAAAAUCAGCAUCAGAAAAUGGAAGAGAUUUGAGAAAAUGCUUCAUAUGUGGUGAAGAGGGACAUAUUGCUGUAAAAUGUUCAGGAACCAAGAAGGUGAACACCAUAAGAGGAAGAAAAUGGGAAGAAAUGAAGGAAAAUGUGAAGAUAUUUGGAAAAUAUGCGACAAUUUUGAUUGAUAGUGGAGCGAUGGUUAAUGUGAUUUCAACGGGAAAGUUGGAAAAAUUGAAGAGAAAUGUUGAAAAUUGGAAGAGAUUCAUUUUGAAAGAAGAAAAUGCGAAAAGUUCAAUAUAUGAUUGCAGUGGAAAAAGAUUGAAUGUUAUUGGAGUUUGGAGUAUUGAGAUUGAGAUCAGAAAUAUGAAGAAAGUUGUGAAAUUCCAUAUUAUUCAAAGUUGGGAAGAUAUGUUGAUUCUUGGAUUGGAAAGUUUUGGAACAUUUGGAAUUUAUUUGAGAUUUGAUAGUGAAAAGAAAAUGGGUGAAAGUGAGAAAAAUGUUGAAAAAUUGGAAAAUUGGGAUAAAAAGUGUGAAACAGGCGCAGCGAAAGAUUUGAAAGAAAAGGGAAAAUUGGGAAAUUAUAUGAAAUCAGAUUAUUUUUCCAGAAACGGUUCGUCGGCAAAUGAAGAUCGAGUCGAAAAAUCUGAAAAUGAAGAGAGAAAAGAUGGAAAAGUUGAAGAAAAUGAAUUGGCAAAAGUUGAAGAUGAUGAUCGAAAUGGAAAAUUGGAAAAAGAUGAAGUUUGGAUGGGAAAUGUCCUUUGUGACACUUUGUUCGAAGUUGAGACGAAGAAGAAGGAAGUUGAAGAUCGAAAAGUGAAUGAAGAUGGAAUGACAAAAGUUCAAAAUGGUGAUGAAGAUCGAAAAUUGGGAAAAGAAGAAAUUAGUGUUGGAAUGAUACUUCGUAGAAAUUUCGCCGAAAUUCGAAGAAUUGAAAUGGAGAAGAAGAUGAUCGAGUUGGAAGAAGCUGAAACUGGAAAGAGACAAAGAAAGAUGAAGAAAAAUUGCAACAUGGUUUAUGUCAAAAGUGUAGAUUAUGAGGGUUGCAUAUCGCCAAAGUAUAUUGAGCAUAUUCAAAUGUUGAAGCGAAACAAAUUGGGCAUAUAUGCUUCUUCCAAACAACAUCCAAUCGAUCAAGGUUUUUAA